AUGCCGAAAUGUCGAGGAAUCACGCUCGAAGAAGCCACUAUCGACCAACUGCAAGGGUACCUAGGUGACGGAACCAUCACAUCUGUCGAUCUCCUCAGAUGCUACCUCGAUAGAGUAUACCAAGUCGACAAAUAUAUCAAUUCUAUCAUGGAACUCAAUCCGGAUGCCGAGAAGAUGGCUGUUGCACUUGACGCCGAGCGUGCUGCUGGUCGCGUACGAGGCCCACUACACGGUAUACCAUACAUUGUCAAAGACAACAUUGCAACAAAAGAUCGAAUGGAGACUACAGCGGGAAGCUGGAUGCUAAUGGGAAGCAUCGUGCCUCGGGAUGCGCAUGUUGUUGCAAAACUACGGGAAGCAGGCGCUCUUCUCAUAGGCAAAGCAACGAUGUCUGAAUGGGCAGACAUGCGAUCGAACAACUAUUCGGAAGGGUACUCUGCAAGAGGUGGUCAGGCGAGGAGUCCUUACAAUUUGACUGUUAAUCCUGGCGGAAGUAGUACAGGAAGUGCAGCAGCGGUAGCUGCAAAUAUCGUUACUUUCUCACUAGGCAAGUUCAUUGUCAUCAACCCCGCAGAACGCAACGCCCUAGUCGGCAUCAAACCCACCGUAGGUCUCACUUCGCGUGCGGGCGUCAUCCCAGAAAGCAUCCACCAAGACACCAUCGGCACUUUCGCCCGCACCGUCCGCGACGCCGCCUACGCCCUCGACGCAAUCUACGGCAUCGACCCCGACGACAACUACACCUUCGCCCAACAUGGCAAAACAUCCCAAGCAGGCUACACAUCCUUCCUCUCCAAUGCCUCGGCCCUCUCCACCGCAACCUUCGGCCUCCCCUGGCACACCUUCUGGACACACACCCCACCCCCUCAACAAUCCCACCUCCUCUCCCUGCUCUCCCUCCUCCAGUCCUCCGGCGCAACCAUCCUCAACGAAACCGAACUCCCACAUUACAAAACCAUCAUCUCCCCCGAUGGUUGGAACUGGGACUACGGCACCUCCCGCGGCUACCCAAAUGAAUCCGAAUACACAGUCGUUAAAACAGAUUUCUACAACAACAUCCAGAGCUACCUUUCAUCUCUAGAAAACACUUCCAUUCGCUCCUUGGAAGACAUGGUAGCAUAUAAUUAUGCCAACGAUGGUACCGAGGGUGGGAACGCGUGGCCAAACGGUAUACCCGCGUUUUACUCGGGCCAAGACGGAUUUCUCGCAUCCCUGGAAACGAAGGGUGUCAUGGACGAAACGUAUUAUCAAGCUCUAUCUUUCAUACAAAGGACGACGAGGGAAGAGGGAAUCGAUGCGGCACUCACGCAUAAUGGACGUAAGAUAGAUGCGCUGCUUGUGCCGGCGGAUGUAGGUCAGACGUAUCAGAUUGCGGCGCAGGCGGGGUAUCCAAUGAUUACAGUGCCGGCGGGAGUGGGUGAGGAGACGGGAAUGCCAUUUGGACUGGGGAUUAUGGGGAGGGCGUGGGGAGAAGGGGAGUUGUUGAGGUGGGCGAGUGCGAUUGAGCAUCUUUUGAGAGGGGAGCACGGGAGGGCGGAUAUGCGGAGGACGAUGCCGAGGUGGUUUGGGUAUUUGGAGAGGAACAUUCCGGUUAGGAAUUUGUAG